AUGUCUUCUGCUGAAGUAGCAGCUACAGCAGAUCUCAAAGCCGGCCAUGCCCCUGCAGUCAAGGUUGGUGGCAUGCGGGUGGUUCAGCACAAGAGAGAAGGGGACAAAUCAGAGAUAGCCACAAUGACACCAGAGGAGGAGGCAGAGUUUGGCACAAGCCCCCCAAAGGUUGACAAGCAUCACCAGUCUUUGAUCAUCUCUGGAGCUGUCACCAAGGGAGACAGGGACUUCACUACUCAGGCUCUCAAGUGUUUCCAAGAAAAACCUGUCCCAACUCACGACGCCCGACCACGUCCACCACAAGUGUCCCACCACAUCCACCAGCCCAGGUAG